AUGGCGUUGGUACACGGAUCGGUUUCUGGAUCGUCUGCGGUUCGAUUGAGCUUCACAAGCUCAGUGCCACCGUCGAGGGUUUCCGUCGUUGUUCCGAUGGUAAAGGGUUGGAGGAGGAGUUCGUGCCGGAGAAUGGUUUUAAGAGCAAUGGUGCAGGAAACAGCUCAGGGUUCUCCUUUGGUCUACGCCAGAGAAAUGGAGCGCCUUUCCGCUAAAGAAUCUCUGCUUCUCGCCUUAAAGGACGCUGGAGGAUUUGAGGCUUUGGUUACUGGGAAAACAACGAACAUGCAAAGAAUCGAUGUGAAUGAGAGGAUAACGAGUCUAGAGCGGCUUAACCCUUCUCCUAGACCAACAACGUCUCCUUGUUUUGAAGGAAGAUGGAGUUUCGAGUGGUUUGGCUCUGGCAGUCCUGGUUUACUCGCUGCUCGCGUCUUAUUCGAGAGGUUUCCUUCAACGCUGGCGAAUCUAUCAAGAAUGGAGAUACUGAUCAAGGAUGGUAACGCAAAGGCGACCGCGAAUAUCAAACUACUGAACUCGAUAGAAAGCAAGAUCGUUCUGUCGUCGAAACUGACUGUUGAGGGACCUCUGAGACUGAAGGAGGAAUAUACAGAAGGGAUGCUCGAAUCACCAACGGUCAUUGAAGAAGCAGUUCCUGAACAGCUUAAAGUCGCGUUGAGUCAAGCCACCAUAACGUUACAGCAGCUUCCUGCUGUUGUCAAGGAUACUUUAGCUAAUGGUCUAAGAAUUCCCCUGAGUGGAUCCUUUGAAAGAUUCUUUAUGAUAUCUUAUCUAGACGAGGAGAUUCUUAUAGUAAGAGAUACUUCAGGAGUGCCUGAAGUUCUAACGAGGUUGGAAACACCGAAGGUUGUAGAAACUCUUGAAUACGAUACUUAG